AUGAGACCAAAGAGUGACAUCAGCUGCAGCAGACUGGGAGGCCUCUGCCAAGCUAACCGAUACAUCUGCCAAGGCCGAUACCUGAAAGACAAGUGUUCAGGGGACAAAACGAGCAGAGAUAAUGGCCUACAUAAAGCAGUGGACCUGGUGUGUGAUGACUAUGGCAUUGUCAAUGCCCCAUUCUCGGGCUCUCUGAUGGGUCCAGUGAGUCGGAAAGAGCCGGCUGGGAUUCAGUAUGAUGGUAUCAAAUUUCUCAAUGAUGAGCACUGUGUGAAGAUCUUCAACAUCCGUCCUUACCGUUACAUGGGCCCGGUGGCUCAGGGAGUACCUUUAGGCUAUCUGUUGCCACUGCAGGAUCGCUUCUCCGGCAUCACCUCACACCUGGAGCUGCAAAUGUGUGACGGCAGUGACCCUUCACCUUUCAUAUGA